UAUAUUUGUAAUUACAUUGUUUCCAAAACAAAUAGGAACAUUUGAGUAUUAAAUUUACAGUAAAAAUUGAAAAAAUCAUGGAGUCAGAUUAUGAUGAAGAUCGUGGAGCUUGGACAGAAGAAAUGACAAGAACUGAAGAUUGUGGAGGUGAAGAUAGUUUUGAUAAUCCUCAAGAGAUAUUAAAUGAAUGCUUAGAUAAAUUUAAAACACCAGAUUAUAUCAUGGAGCCUGGUAUCUUUGCACAACUUAAAAGAUAUUUUCAAGCUGGUGGAAAUCCAGAACAAGUAAUAGAAUUGUUAUCUAAAAAUUAUACAGCUUGCGCUCAAAUGGCAAAUCUUCUGGCAGAAUGGCUUAUUCUUGCUGGAGUUAAACUUACAGAUGUACAAGCAAUGGUGGAAAACAACUUAAAGGAUAUGAUAUUGAAAACAUUUGAUCCCAAAAAAGCAGAUAAAAUCUUUACAGAGGAGGGUGAAACUCCUGCUUGGCUAACAGAAAUGAUACAGCAUCCCACUUGGAGAUCACUGAUUUACAGACUUGCAGAAGAAUAUCCUGAUUGUUUGAUGCUAAACUUUACUAUAAAGCUUAUAUCUGAUGCUGGAUUUCAAGGUGAAAUUACAAGUAUUUCAACAGCUGCACAACAAAUUGAGGUAUUUUCACGAGUUUUAAAAACUGCAAUAGCUGGAUUUUUACAAAAUACAGAAGAUUGGCAGUCAAGUAUACAAGAAUGUGCGAAAAUGGUGUGUCAUGGACAACAUACUUAUGUCUACAGUCAAGUGCUAUUGCAAAUUCUUGCACAAGAAUCUCGUGGUGGAUUUAUGAUGAAAAGACUUUCUCAAGAAAUCACUAAAUGCGCACAACAGAACCAUCAUGACGUUACUCCAAUAACAAUGGCACUUAAUGGAGCUUCAAGUAGUCCUGGAGCAUGCCAAGCACUGGCAUCUAUGUUAUCACGAAAUACUUUAAAUCCUGCUGAUAUUAGUGUAUUGUUUCGAAAUUAUUCCACUGCAGAACCACCUCCUAUAGAGUUACUUCGUAAUCCACAGUUUUUAGAAUUAUUGGUUGAUGCGCUGUUCAAACCAGGUGUAAAGAUUAAUCCCGAACAUAAAUCUAAAUACAUAUAUUUAUUAGCUUAUGCAGCCAGUGUAUGUGAUAUUCCAGCCAAAAAAGGGCAUUCAAGGAAGUUAAAUAAAGAUGAACUAAAAACAACUAUACAAGCUAUAGAAAAAGUUCACAAUAUUUGUAACAUUAAUAAGGGAUCUACUGAAUUGAUAGCUGAACUACAAACCUUAUAUCAAUGUAUAAGAUUUCCUGUUGUAAGUGUAGGUAUAAUUAGAUGGGUAGAAUGUACUGUAACAGAAUCAUCAUAUUUUAAACUAUGUACAGAACAUUGUCCUGUACAUCUUGCAUUACUUGAUGAAGUUGUAGUUUGCCAUUCUUUAUUGCAUCCAAAAAUAUUGCAACUUCUUGUGCAUUUAUUUGAAAGUAAACAAGAUGAAUUGGAAAUACUUGUGCAGUUGGAGAUGAAAAAAAUGUUAAUUGAUAGAAUGGUGAACUUGUUAAGUAGAGGUUGUGUGGUACCUGUAGUGUGUUACAUCAAACAGUGUUGGCAACGCGGGGAUACAGAUGUAUCUUUAAUUCGAUAUUUUGUUACAGAGGUUUUAGAAGCAAUAGCUCCACCAUAUACAGCCGAAUUUAUUCAUUUAUUUCUCCCUAUGGUUGAAGAUGAAGAAAUUACGGGUACAAUGCGUGGUGAUAGUGACAAUGAUCUUGUUUCAGAAUUUAUAGUACAUUGUAAAGCACAUUGUCCUACUAUAAGAUGAUCUCUUAAAAGGAGGGU